AACUGUAAAAAACUACCUAGAUGUCCCCUGAUUACUCAUGCUGCCAAUAUUGGACGCAUCCAGCUCGUGAGGACACUCUCCACCUUUUUUCCAUUCCACGACCAAGCGAGGAGGCUGGUGACGGAGGCGCGGCACCCGAGGGACUCGUGUUCGAUCACCGCCGCUUCAGCCGCGCCUCGGCUGCGGGCUACAGCUCCUUGGAGAGCCGAUGAAAAGAUCCAAGCCGUGAUGAGAGAUGGACGGGUGGGCUGAAUGACGACAUGUGGAUAGAAUAAAGUCAUCUGGCUGCUUGGUCGGGAUCGCUGCUUUACGUAACGGAGCUUUGUGGAAGGAUUGGCAGGGAAGCUGCUGCUAUAAUCACAGCCUGAAAACGCAGGUGACAUAAGCAAAAGAAGAGGUUUGCGAGUCAAAUCAAUCAGCAUGAUCAGUAGCGACGCGGUCCUCCACCUAGAGUGAAUAAAUCAGGAUGAGCGAGGGCUACAGGCCAGGUGGAGGGUUCUCAACAGUCAAGGCCGAUGUCGUCCUCCAUGCUGUCAACCUCGACAAGGACAGCGAUUUACGUCCAGGUUAUGUCCAAGGGUUCUUGGGGGACGACCCAGACUUCAACCCCCCUACAGUAUUUGAGAAGGAAUACCUGCUGGAUGGAAGCCUGAUGGAAAAUAACCAUAAAGAUUGUCAGAAACGUAACGGCACAUACAUGGCAAGCGCUCAUCAGUUUAAUCUCUCCAUAGACAAGAAGAAUGACAAUGAACCAAACUUGGCAGACAAUCCAAUCCACAAUGGUGCGAGAUCCAAAGUGUCUUGUCUUGAUUCUAAACAAGAAACAGAUCAAUCAGACUUGAAAUCCAAGCCGGAGUGCAGCCAGGAUGUGAUUAAUUUAAUAUCCGGUAAAAAAGAGCCGGAUUUAAUUAUCGAGGUUGGUGGGCAGACCAUCAAUGCUCAUAAGUCGGUCCUGGCAGAGAAAAGCGACUACUUCAAAGCUCGACUGUCGCGAAACAUCCUCAAAGUGAAAGGCAUGAGCUACAAGACUUUAUCGACGCUAAUCGACUAUGUUUACACUUCCCAUAUGAAUGUUUCUAAGGACAACGUUGUAGAUGUCAUCACAGGGGCCAAAAUCCUCCAGAUUCCGUGUGCCGUUCAGGCAGCCAUGGACCGCGUGACGGAACAAAUCACUGCGGAGAACUGCUACGAGAUUCUGAACAUUGCCAAAAAGCAGCGACUCAGUGAACUGAAGGAGACCGCCUACGGCUUCAUGAGCGAUAACUUUCUCCAGAUCCUCAAGGACCCCUCUGUGUAUGGGCGUCUGACCGGAUCGGAACGUGAUCUGGUCCUGAAAAAAAGAAUGGAUGGUAGGAAGACUCUGAUGGUUGCCGAGAUAAACGAUGUGUUUGAUCGUGUUGGGAGCCGACCGCCCAGCCGCUGUGGAAGCCGUCCUCAGAGCCCCUUGUCCGUGGGGUCUUUUGAGGAGAGUCACAUGAUCUACUCCUUCAGCGAGGCAGCCAAUGACUGGAGAGCUUUGACAGCCAUGCCGGAGGACAUCAACACUAAAGGAUGUGGAAUCUGCACCAUGUAUAACUACCUGUUUGUGGCGGGGGGGAUCAAGGGUCAUGGGGACAAGGGGAAGGUGUCCGAUAAGGUUUUCUGUUAUAACCCCAAAACCAACCGCUGGACUGAGAUCCGACCAAUGACCCAAGCUCGCGCUCAGCUAAAACUGGUGUCCAUGGAUGGCUACCUGUACGCCAUUGGAGGGGAAUGUUUGUUUACCGUGGAAAAAUACGACCCUCGUAUGGAUCGAUGGACUACGGUGGCCCCUUUGCCAAAAGGCGCCUUCGCCGUGGCUCACGAGGCCACCACCUGCAGCGGAGAGCUUUACGUCUCCGGGGGCUCGCUCUUCUACCGCCUACUCAAAUACGACCCUAAGAGGGACGAGUGGCAGGAGUGCCCGUUCAACAACAGCAGGAAGAAGUCGACAGACAUGGUAGCGCUGAAAAGCUUCAUCUACCGCUUCGACGUCACCCGCGAGCAAGGCAUCAACGUGUUCAAGUACAACACCAUAGUGAAAAUGUGGCAUGAUUGUGCAUCGCAAAGGCUGGGCAGCUCAUUACCGUUUAGGUGUGCAGUUGUGGGCAAUUGUAUCUACUGUGUGAACAAAAGCCAGACUCUUCAGUUUGUGGUGGAGGAAGAGAAUGCCUACUUUGUGGAGGAGCCGCUGAAGGCGCCUCUCGAAGCCAAGGGCCUUCUUUUUCCUUUUGUGCUCACUUUGCCUGAAAAGCCUGAGAAAGUGACGCCGGAGUAACAAUACUAGAACUCCGACUAUAGUGGAACCUCCAAAGUCAAACAUAAACUGUUGUGUGAUGUUAUGCUAGGAGUCCACUAGGCCGGCGCCAGUUGGUGCCGGUUCACGCCAAAGAUUAUGUGAUUGCCGCGUGGUGGCUCUCUGUGGCGCCGUAUUAAUGUUCGCAACUUGGCUCGCGCCAUUACAUUCCAGUGGAUUCCAAUUGGUGGACUGUUUGUGACAUUUGGUUCCACUUGGUGGACACAAGAUUUUAAACAUUUUGAAAUUUUCUUGCCGCUAAACAACAUUUUUUACCGGUGCCACCACGAGCCAGUUAGGAGGCAGUUUGAGCCACUUCACACCACUCGGCACCUUAUUGGUGACGAACUGACACCAACUGGCGCCAACCCAGUGGACUCUUACCAUUAGUUGACUUCCAAGGUUUUGUUAUUCCACAAGCUAAUAAGUGAAUUACCGUAAUGACUUGAACAAUUUGUCCCCAAGUGAGUCAGAGCAUUUCUUCUUGUCACUCACACAAACUUUUGAUCUGGAGAAAAGUGGCUGAAAUGGUCUCUCCAAAAAACAUUUUCAAAAAAAGAAAGGCCGUUUUGUAUUCAUGGUCGUCUUAUAUUCGUGUCAAACUGUUGCACAUAAACGCACAUAAAAACUACAUAGACAAUGUAUUAAGUUUGAACAUUCUCAAUUGUUGUAUACAUAAAUAGAUAAUAACCACAAUAUAAUAGAACUUAAACGUCACACUUUGAAGACUCUCAGUUGGGGAAAAUGUUUGCUGAGCAAUACUGCCACCCCGUGGCGUUUGAUGGGUAUUGCUGUAGUGUACUGGAAGAUUUAGGCUCUGCUUGGCAUGUGUAACUGAUAUUUAAUUGAUAUUUAAUUAAUGUAGAGGCUGGAGCCAUGUCCAUCCAUCCAUUUUCUAUGCCGCUUAUCCUCACUAAUGGUUGCGAGGCAAGAGCCAUGUGUUGCAAUAAAUUCCAGUGCCAGUCCUGUGGUGCCAUCACUGGCGCUCCUCUGAGAUGUGAAGAGGCUAAACACACAUUUAGUUUGAUGAGAUACUGUAUGUUGACAUUUUCCAAUACAUAAUUUGAAUGUUUUUGAACGACUUUUAAAGCGUGUUUUUGCAUAAUAUUUUGACUUUGGAGGUUCCAUUGUACUCCAUUCACUCUUCCCAAUGUGUCAACCGUCUGUGUGCGUGUCCAUUGCCUGUUUGCAACAGAAUGUGUGUAUUUGCAUGACAAUUUGACGUUUUUGCUGAAGCAAGCCUUAAAAAAAGGAACUUUCGAGUGUUGAAUCAAUACUAUAAUAUUAGUAUCAGAUUAUAUGACAUGAUGGAAGUGACAGUAGAUGAGUAAGUACUUCAUGCCUGUGUAGUUUUGGUGCAUCUCUGAUAUUAUUUACACCAUAUAGACUAGUUUGACUGUGGUGACAGUUUGUUACAAAAUGCGUCCAUGAAUGAUGCGGUGUGGCUUCUAUGCAAAUGAAACAGCUAUGUAGGGCUUCACGAUUGAUGACUGGAAUGUCAAUGACCCGGAUACACGACAGUACUAGUGGACACUCUAAAGCACAUUUCAUUCAAAAUGAUUGUUGCAAUUCUGCAGACCUUUUUAAAUGUUCAUUCAAAAUCAGUAUUUCAAUUUUGGAGACAAAAUGAAUGAAGAUCCGAGAUGAUAGGGUUCUAUUGUCGGAGCUGAUUUUUAUAGCCAUUUUUUUUUUUAGAAUGAAUAUUUUGCAUACUUCAUAUUUGUGUACGUUCCAGCACUUAGCACAUUUGCCAAAGAUAAUUAAUAAUCUGUGAAAUCAGGUUAACAUAAAUCAACAAGUGUAAUAUUUGCCCAUUUUGGGUGUACAGUAUUGGUGUCUAUUUAGAAUACCAUGUUCGCUGCUAACAACCACCUUCAGGGAUGUUGAACAAAUAAUAGGAGAAGAAGCGGGGAGCCCUGUUUCAAUCAAUGACAUUUGCUGAGGUUAAAGGUUAAAUUCAAUGCCGCAUUGCUUCAGUCACAGUCUAUCCAUGGCCUUUAUUGCCGCAACUAAUAAUAAUCAUCUCUGGCACUAUGGCACCUGUAUCAUACAUUCUACAUCCAUAACAUGUAUUUAAUUUUAGAGAUGUCUUAAGUACAGUAUUUGCUGCUGCAAUAGCACACAGAGUUUUGUAUGAAAGAAAAAUCUGCAAAUGUGCUUAAGGGUUUCCGAGCCUCUUGGAUGAACUGGAUGUGGUUUUGGUAUGUUUAUUAGCAGGAAUCUGUAUUUUUGUGAUUUUUUUUUUCUGUAUGAAUUUGAUGGAUUUGGACCUGCUGCUGUGAUGACAGUGAAGUGCUGUAAUGCCAGGUUAAAGCUUCUAGUGUAAUGGCUUUUGGAAUGGGCUAAAUAAUUAGCUGUUGGAUAAUGUUUAUUUGUCAAAUCAAAGUCUGUGCUUGGAAUAAAAUAUUUCGUGUAUGGAAA